UUCCCGCGAAAUUCAAUAUGGAGGAGAACGACCAAAACGUCCUCCAUAAAGAUGCCUCGCCUGUCUAUCAAACAGACGUUAACGGAGACACAGGAGGUUCUAAUACCAUUAGAAAAGGAUUACUACCAGAGAAGAAAGUUGUUUAUGUUUGUAGUGCAGAUUUUCUCAGUGAAUGCGACAGAAUUGCCAAGGUGCCAUUUAGGGCGAGUAUCACACAUGCUGUGAUUGAGGCCUACGGACUGCUUUCAAGGAUGAGUGUGGUUCCCCCUAAACCAGCAACAUUUGAAGAAAUUUGCCAUUUUCACUCAACAGAUUACAUAGAAUGCUUACAAAGAUUGUGCCAAGAUGAUGAUCCAGACAAGUAUGAUGAGGAAGCUGAAGAAUUUGGCCUGGGUUAUGACUGUCCCGCAGAUGAAGGUGUAUAUGACAGUGCCUCUUGGGCAGCAGGGGGGACACUAACAGCAGCUGAACAACUGGUCAGUGGUCAGUGCUCAGUGGCCAUCAAUUGGGCAGGAGGCUGGCAUCAUGCCAAAAGAGAUUCAGCUGCUGGUUUCUGCUACAUCAAUGACAUUGUGCUAGGAAUAUUAAAGCUACGGACCAAAUAUGACAGGGUUUUGUAUGUGGACAUUGAUCUUCAUCAUGGGGAUGGAGUGGAAGAUGCUUUCUGUGCUACAUCCAAGGUUAUGACAGUAUCCUUCCAUAAAUAUUCACCUGGGUUUUUCCCAGGCACUGGCAACCUCUCUGACACAGGUAUUGGAAAAGGAGCUGGUUACACUGUAAAUGUGCCCCUCAAUGAAGGAUGCCAGGAUGAAAAUUUUUAUCGAGUGUUUGAAAAGGUCAUGGAUAUUGUUAAGAUCAAAUUUGAUCCAGAAGCAGUUGUAUGUCAGUGUGGUGCAGAUGGUCUGGCAGGGGACCCCAUGGACUCCUUCAACCUGACCACCCUGUCUUUGGCAAAGUGUGUGCAGUAUUUGCUUACUUGGAACAUUCCUUUGUUACUCCUGGGGGGUGGUGGGUAUCAUAUUCCUAACACAGCCAGAUGCUGGACACACAUCACUAGUGUAGUGACUGGAACUAAAUUGAGCAGUGAUAUUCCAGAACACAGGUAUUUUACACUCUAUGGUCCAGACUAUGAUCUGAUGAUCUCUCCUGGAAAUAGAGCUGAUACCAAUACUCCAUCUCAUAUUAAGAAUGUCAUAGCACAGAUAUCAGACCGACCUGAUUUGUUUGUCUGCAAGAUACACAUAAAGCAGAACGUAUCCGAGGAUCAGGAAGAGGACAUCAAAGUGCUGACAUCCACAGAGUUUGACAUCCACUGGAUGUUACCAGUUGCCCCCCAUAUGGACUUAUACAAUCUUGGUAGUUAUUCUGGUGGUCCAGAAAGCCUAAGAUCUGCUCCACAAAGGAGUUCACACCCAUUGCCAGGAGGUGAACUGCAGAGACAUGGUGGAGGCCACUUUCAGUCAAUACCGAACCAGCAGUAUUACCAGCAAGACCCAUACCUACAGAAUCAACCUAGGUUUCAAUCCAACAUUGGUGGUCAGCAGGAAUACUUCCAAUCUCAAACAUCAAGGAAGAUGGCUGUACCAGGCCAAUACCAACCAAAUUCCCCACCACUACUACCCAACUUUGACAACCAAAGGUUGCAACAAGGCAAUUUCCAAUCUCAGACACCACCUGGUGAGUCAACAGGACCAAAUAUACCCCAUCAUCAACAAGUAGAAUCCCAGCAUAGCAGACUACCUCAGGGGCCAGUCACUGACCUCCAUCUGGAGGAACAAGGUGGUGACCCCUUUCAAACAAGGAGGAAAUCAGGCCUUGACUUCCCACCUUUACCACCAAAACAAGACAUUCUGGCUGCUGGGGGUCAAGACCAGGGGGUUACUGACCCUCGGGCCAUCAAAACAAUGGGAAACCAAGUUCUUAACCAGGCCCAUGGGGAUAAUCAGUUAGAAAGAUUACCUACGGCAGUGACACAUGAGAUUGCUGGGUUUCUAAGGCAGAUUCCUGCUAAUACAGGCAACACAAAUGUUACCCUCAAUUUGCAGCUGGUUAAUCAAUAUUAUAACUCAGAAAAGGCAUCAAUGACACACAUGAGAGAGAACGAUGUGACAACAUCUUUUCAAAAACAUAUCCCUCCACAUGUGAAAAAACGACUGAAUGAGACACUUUCUCAAGAUGAUGUAUGGGACCAAGUGAAGAAGAUGUAUGGCAUUUCAGAUGAAACCCCGUGUCCUCCUGAUGUUGUGGCUUCCUUGUUGUCUCAAGUCCAGGGUUCUAUUGCAUCUUUCAUCAGUGUGUUGUUAAAGUUAAAAGAACACCACAGAGAAGGGCAGCAAGACAUUCCACAAGACUUGAUUGAUGAAGUCAAGAAAGGACUUCUGAGUGAAAUGGAGUACAACAAGCUGAGAGAGAAAGUGGUUGACUUUGCUGAGGACCUUUCGAUGCAUAUAGAAAGAAGUUUAGAUUACCUGUAUCAGUUUAAUGUAAUACCAGAUGAGGAGACAACAAAGCUUAAAAAUGAUGCAAAGAGAAACCCACAAGAAGCUUGUAGAAAUUUGUUUAAAGCACUCCUUGCAACCAGUCCUAAAAAAGAACCAAUUAAACAUUUAAAAGCUGCAUUCAGGGAUUCUGGUCUCUGGUAUCUGGCAGAUGAACUAGAAGUCAGCUACCAGGAUGUAGAGGAUAAAUUACAGAAACAUGGAGGUGGCCGGCCUUCUUGUGAAGAGACGUUGGCGAUAGAUAUGGAAGCUCCCCCCACACCUGCUACAGGUGAAAACCCUCUUGAACCACAUUAA